GCACUACAAUUGCAGUAUCAGUGGGGCCUGGAAAGUCUGCACACUCAGAUCCCAUUGAUCCAUACACAGCUCGUGUUUGUGCAGCAAAAGCUGCAACUUCGUCCGCCGAUUGAGGAGAUUCGUGCUAAAUACUACAAGGAAAUGCGAAAACUGCUCAGUAUACCGGAAAAGUUCAGAGGAGUUAUGGAAGGAGAUCAA